AUGUCAUCCUUAGUAGCCUUGAUCAUCGGUGCUGGGUCCAACGUCGGUCGAGCCAUCGCUCUCACCCUCCAAAAGCACCAGUACAAAGUCGUGCUUGGCUCACGCAACCCUGACGUCGAAGCCCUGAAGAAGGACGGGUUCUUCCCCGUCAAAGUCGACGUGACCAAGCCAGACAGUGUCGUGCAGGCGUUCAAGACCGUCUCUGACGAGCUUGGCCCUCCUAAUGUCGUGAUUUUCAAUGCUGCGGUGUUCAAGCAGCCCAAGGUUGCCUCGGAUCCCCUGUCGGUGUCCCUCGAGGACUUUGAAGAGUCCACAGCGGUAGGGAAUAGCAUCUUUGCCGCCGCUCAGCAGUUCCGUUCUUCGACCCUAGCCUCAAACGUACCGAAAGCCUUUAUUGUUACCGGAAACAAGGGUCCAUUUGUUCACCAUGCCCACGGACCGUACUUCGACCUAAUAAAACAAAAGACACAGGCUGUGUAUCUCAUUGAACAAUUCUGGAGCGCCUAUACGAAGAAUAAAGAGGACCCCAGAGAUAGGUUCCACUUUGCGUUCCUUGUUUCCGACCAAGGCGAAUACCCGGAAUAUCCAGACUUCCUCAAGAGCGGGCCCGCCCAUGCUGAAGCGUAUUGGCAUCUCAUAAGCAGCGAGAAGCCCGAAGGAUGGGACUAUAGGUUCACCUUAAAUGGGAAGCAGUUUGUUAAACAGUAA